UCUAGUCCCUCCCCCGACUCUGCUGCAGCGCCGUGUCCUCUCCGCUCUUUUGCUGGAUCAUCUGUCUCCACGGUCCUGUCCCUAUGGCAGCCAAGCGAAAGCAGGAGGAGAGGCACCUGAAGCUGCUGCGGGAGAUGACAACGCUGCUGCACAACAGGAAAUGCUUCGAUUGCGACCAGAGAGGCCCGACCUACGCCAACAUGACCAUCGGCUCCUUCGUCUGCACAUCUUGCAGCGGCAUCCUGCGAGGGCUGAAUCCUCCACAUAGAGUCAAGUCGAUCUCCAUGACCACCUUCACAAUGCAAGAAAUUGAAUUUUUGCGAACACACGGUAAUGAGGUGUGUAAACAGAUUUGGCUUGGAUUGUAUGAUGAAAGAUCAUCAGUUUAUCCUGAUUUCAGAGAUCCUCAGAAAGUCAAAGAUUUCCUGCAGGAAAAAUAUGAGAAGAAAAGAUGGUUUGUGCCAGCAGAUCGAGCCUGGGCAGUGGCAGCAGCCCAUGCAUCUAUUUCAGGUUCCUCAGCUAGCAGCGCAAGUAGCACUCCAGAAGUCAAACCAGUAAAGUCACAAAUCUCCGACACCACACCAGCACUUCCUUUGAAUAAAGAAACACCAACCCAGUCUCCAGCAGUCAGUCGCUCCCGGGGAUCUCAACAGGAGAAGAAAGUGGCUCCAUUUGACCUCCUCACUGACCUUGGAGGGGACAUUUUUGCUACUCCUCAGUCUGCGCCUCCAUAUUUUGCAGACUUUGCACAUUUUAACAGUCACGCAGCUCCAAGCUCUCUGAAUACAGAUUUUGCAAACUUUGAUGCAUUUGGAAGUUGUAAUGCUUCUGAUAAUUUUGGAGGUUUCUCCUCAGCAAGUCUACCAUCUUUCCAGUCCAGCAGUUCAGGUGGAGCCUCUGCAUCAACAAAUGCUAAUUUUGCAAAUUUUGAUAACUUCCCAAAAUCUUCUAGUGCCGACUUUGGAGCUUUCUGUUCUUCUGGAAGUGACACAUCAGUAAUCAAAGCGCAAGCUGUUAGUGAAGAUAAAUAUGCAGCCCUCGCCGACCUGGAUAAUGCUUUCAGCAGCAAUACACAAACGCAAGGGACAAGUAGUCAACUAACUAAUUUCGGCUCAACGUCUGUUGGAUCUUCAGUGAUAACUGCCAAUCAGUCAAGCUCGGCAAACAAGUAUGCAGCACUAGCAGACUUAGAUAAUAUGUUUAGCCAUCCGGCACCCUCUAGUAAUGUAUUUAGUACAAGCAGUGUGUUUGGGACAGUUCAGAGUGUUACAACAGCGCAAGCUCACCCUGGAGUCAGUACGGCACCGGCAACAUUUGGAGCAGCAACCAAUCCGUUUGUAAGUGCUCCUGUUCUGCCACCAACUGCUGCCACAAACCCAUUCCAGACUAAUGGGAGAACUGCAGUGAGCUUUGGAACAGCGUCAAUGAGCAUGCCUACUCUGUUUGCCAGCCCCGCUGGAUAUACCCUUCCCACCAGUUUCAGUGGCGGUUUCCAACAGCCUGUUUUAUCCGCACCGGGGGCCUUUCCUCCUCAACCUGCUGGUGGAGGUUUUAGUUCAUUUGGACAACAAAAGCCAAUGGUUAUGCCAUAUAGUCAACAAAUGGGAGUGUCUACAAAUCCAUUUCUGGCUGGAGCUCCAAUGGGCCAGUUUCCAACAGGGAGCUCCUCAACCAACCCAUUCUUAUAGCCCAUUGGGUUCCUGUCAGAAGUGUGAUGUUGGUGUGUAAUGUCUCCAGACCUCUUGCACAGUUUUGUCGCUCACUGAUGUUAGCUUUAAACACAAGAGUCUCUGAAGCUUGUAUUUUGUAUAAAUGGAUAAUAUAUGCAGACGAGGGCUUCUCUUGUGUUCUUUAUUUAACUGUUACUUGGCAAGAAGGUUCAAGAUGUAACCAUAUCAUGUAUAUUAAAAUGGGCUAUGUUAAGUUAUUGCAAAUCCUACUUUCAUUGCUGUGCAGUACUGUACAUAUUUUUCUUAGAAAAUUAGCUAUUUGUGCACAUUGGUAUUUGUAAUUUAACACUUACGGUAAUGUGAAAUGUUACUGAACAAGCAUCAUAAGAUUGCUGAAUCUACAAGAAUGAAAUAGCUGCAAAAACAUUUGCCUUUUAAGUUCUAGUUUUUGAACUAAACUAGAAGUUUUAUCGAUUUGGUGACUUACAGUGGAUUUUCUUUGAGAGGAAAAUUCUCUUAUUUAUAAUGAGUAUGUAGAGAACUGCACCUCUGCCUAAUAAAGAUGAUCAUGUUUUGCUACAGUUUGCAAUUGACAAA